ACAGUGCUUGACUGUAGUCCCUCAGCACUAUUGUAAUACAGAUAAGGAGGGAUCACUGGGCUGGGGGUAGGAUCACUUCUGGGUAGUUUCCCAAGGGUUGCACAGAUCGUUCGCCAUUCAAGUUCUGCCUUAUAUGACCACCACCAGCUGUGGCAGUGCACAAUCAUUGUAAGCUGCUCUUAAAACAGAGCUUACUUUCUACACCAGUAGAGGAGAGGCUUAAACAGCAUGUCGGUACCUAUGAAGUUCCGCAUGUGGAGUGUGUGUGUUUAAAGAAAAAUCUGUAAUUAUAAUGUUUUAAAAGGCAGCUUUGUUUUGUUGAGCAUCUUUCACACAAAGUACCCAGGAAAUGCUUUAGUUUUGCAAAGUUACUAUUAAAUAUCAGAGGGAGGGAAAAAUCCACAGCAGUCAAAGAGGGCAAAGGAGAACAUGGGUAUCUUUAGAUGAGAUUUGAAGCUAAAUAGACAAUUGGCAAAGCAAUCCUGGGAGGCUGCUCUAGGUGGCAUGAGCUCAUGCCAGCAGUGCUGAAGAGACAGAAGAGGCCGGGUGCUGGCUGAACCGAGGUGAGUAGCAGAGAAGAUCUGUGAGAUCUAGUAAAGGGUUUUCAAAUAGAUGAGGAGCAAUUUUGAACUGUGCCCUGAGAUGAAGGGGGAAACCGUUGUCAGAUGUGGGGUGAUGUGGUCAGACUUCUUCACGUGUGUGAGAAAAGGGGGUGUGCUGGCAUCUGGAGAACCAGGACUCGAAAGCGAAAGGUGGUCCAAUAGUCAAAGUGGAAGGAGAUUAUAGGGGUCAGGUGAAAUCCUUGCCCACGUCUAUGUAUCCUGUUUACACAUGUGGAAAUGGGUAUUGUAACGCUCACUCGCUGAGGUGUUGGAAGGCCUGCUUCAUGUUUGUGACAGGCAGCACUCCUCGGGUGGCAAGUCCCGUAGGAGUGCAAAAUAUUUCUCUUGUUCCGGCAGAGGUGGAAUUGAGAUGCUUCCCUCCAUGAGCAAUGUUACAAAGCAGGGCAGGUGAUGCAACGGGCAGACCUUUCAGACGCAGAAGGCACGGGAGGAGAAGAAAAGUUGAGGCCCAGGGAUGACUCUCGUACUUGGAGCUCAGUCUUAAAACUUUUUCAGAAUGCAGCAGCCUGCCACUUAGGUAGAGUAGAUGGCUGAGAACACAUCCCACCCAUGCUCUGCACUCUACUCUGGCUGCCAGUCUGAUAAUGGGUCCAUUUCCAAGUCCUGAUCUUUAAGGACCCAACUGGGCUAGGAUCUAGUGGCCUAGAAGACCGUCUCUCACAACACACCUCCCCACAACAGGAUGAUGGCCUCUAUGCCCCUCUGGGUGACCUGCAGUCUGAUCUCCUGGCUGUCUCUCUACACCUGGUUCUGCCAUCGGUAUAAGCACCGAAGCUAUGAGUGGAGCUGCCGGCUGGUCACUCUGACCCACGGUGUCCUCGCCACCUGCCUCUCUGCUUACGUUGGUUUUAUCGAUGGCCCCUGGCCUUUGACUCACCCAGGGUCCCCGAACACAACCCUCCAGGUGCACGAGCUGUGCCUUAGCUUGGGCUACUUCCUCUUCGACCUGGGCUGGUGCGUAUACUUCCAGGCGGAGGGCGCUCUGAUGUUGGCCCAUCACAUGGUGAGCAUCUUGGGAAUCACAGUGUCUCUGGCCCUGGGUGAGUCAGCAGCCGAAGUCAACGCCGUCAUCUUUGGCAGCGAGAUCACCAACCCGCUGCUGCAGGCCCGCUGGUUCCUGCGGGAGAUGGGGCUUUACCACAGCUUCACGGGGGAUGUGGUGGAUUUCUUCUUCGUGGCCCUUUUCACGGGCGUGCGGAUCGGGGUCGGGGCCUGGCUCAUGUACUGUGAGCUUGUGUCACCCAAGCCCAGGUGGUUCAUUAAGGUGGGGGGGGUGAUUAUGUACGCAGUCUCCUGGGUUUUCAUGGUCAGCAUUUGCCGCUUCGCUCGGAGGAAAAGCAUGAAGAAGUACCAUGCCUGGAGGAGCCGGAGGAACGAGGAGCAGUACUCUGAAAGAAAUGGCCAUCUGAAGAGGCAUUAACCCUGUGGACUCCAACUUCACGAUCUUGCAAGAAGGGGAUCGAGCCCCUGGAUAGGCAGGUCAUUCUUGGGAGAUGAGCCAUUUAAUAUUAGAGAGAACU